GCGCGAGCGAGCGCGCGAGCCAGGAGAGACGCGCUCACUAAUCUCCAGGGGGGGGGCAAAAAAAACGGGCCCGUUCGGGGGGGGAAACAAACUAAAAAAUAAAACAAACACCCGGUACCGAGUCACAGCACGGGCUAAAAGCACUGAGUGCAGGAGGAGAAGCGCUAGGGAAGAGUUUGUGAGAGAGAGACACACAGUCGUGGAGGAUGAGCCUGCGCUUUGAAGCCGUAUAGGACCCUGAGGGCAUUUUCCUGAGUGAGCUCUGACCCCUGGAGCUUCAGGAGUGUGUGUGUGUGCGUCAGUGUGUGUGUGUGUGUCCUCUGAGACCUGCACGAGCCCCCGCUCCGUCCUGCCCCGCUCGUCGUACCGGACCAAUGAGGUUCCACAGGAGCCGCUAAAUUGCAGCGCGAUCCCUCCGAGCCUGCACAGUUUUUUCCCCCUUCCCUUCCGAUGGACUGCACGCAUUCAGCACGGACUAGUAAGAUGCAUUGGAUCACGCUGCUGCUGGCCGGCUUCACUUUUUGGGGCAAGGUGUCCGUGUAUAACUGCUUAGAUUACGAGGAGAGCUUUGACUAUUAUGAAGAGGAGAAAACGGAGACCAUAGACUACAAAGAUCCCUGCAAAGCUGCCGUCUUCUGGGGGGACAUCGCCUUGGACGAGGAGGAUCUGAAAAUGUUCCAGGUGGACAGGACGAUAGACCUCGCCAGGCACCAACACGUGAGGCAGGGGCACACAUCGGGUGGAGCAGAAGAGCACGACUCCACUAAAAAGCGAGGACAGCUAUACCUCCUGCUAGAGAGAAUACGACGGCUGGGUCUCGACUCUUCUAAGAAUUCCAGUAAAGCGGAGAGCUCCAGAUCUGCCCCUGUGGGCAGUGCAGAAACAGAGAGAAGGGCGAGAGGGGGUAAAUCACGUGUCCCACGAGCCGCCACUUCCAGAGCGGAGCGAAUCUGGCCCGGAGGUGUCAUCCCUUACAUUAUAGGAGGCAACUUCACUGGCAGUCAAAGAGCAAUGUUCAAGCAAGCCAUGAGACACUGGGAGAAACAGACCUGCGUGACCUUCGUCGAGAAAACAGACGAAGAGAGCUACAUUGUCUUCACCUACCGGCCCUGCGGGUGCUGCUCCUACGUGGGUCGUCGUGGCAACGGGCCUCAGGCCAUCUCCAUUGGGAAGAACUGCGACAAGUUUGGCAUCGUGGUUCACGAGCUGGGUCACGUGAUUGGAUUCUGGCAUGAGCACACUCGGCCCGAUCGCGACGAUCACGUGACCAUCAUCAGAGACAACAUUCAGCCCGGUCAGGAAUAUAACUUUCUAAAGAUGGAGCCCGGCGAGGUGAACUCUCUGGGCGAGCCGUACGACUUCGACAGCAUUAUGCAUUACGCCAGAAACACUUUCUCCAGAGGAAUGUUUCUGGACACCAUCCUCCCCUCACGUGACGAGAACAACGUCCGGCCGGCGAUCGGCCAGAGAACCAGGCUGAGCAAAGGAGACAUUUCUCAAGCCAAGAAACUCUACAGGUGUCCAGCGUGCGGCGAGACGCUGCAGGACUCGGCAGGAAACUUCUCGUCUCCCGGUUACCCGAACGGAUACCCUUCCUACACGCACUGUGUGUGGAGGAUCUCGGUCACGCCCGGGGAAAAGAUAGUGCUCAACUUCACCACCAUGGACCUCUACAAGAGCAGCCUGUGCUGGUACGACUACAUCGAGGUGCGGGACGGGUACUGGAGGAAAGCCCCUCUACUGGGUCGUUUUUGCGGUGAUAAGAUCCCAGAAACACUGAUCUCCACCGACAGUCGGAUGUGGAUCGAGUUUCGCAGCAGCAGUAACUGGGUGGGAAAAGGCUUCUCCGCCGUGUACGAGGCGGUGUGUGGUGGGGACAUCAAUAAAGAUUUAGGACAGAUUCAGUCUCCAAACUACCCAGAUGACUACAGACCCUCCAAGGAGUGUGUGUGGAGGAUCAGCGUGUCCGAGGGGUACAGCGUGGGCCUCAACUUCCAGGCUUUUGAGAUCGAGAGGCACGAUAGCUGUGCGUACGACUAUCUGGAGGUGAGGGACGGCUUGUCCGAGAGCAGCCCCCUGAUUGGUCGAUUCUGCGGCUACGACAUCCCCGAGGAGAUUCGCUCCACCUCCAACACACUGUGGAUGAAGUUCGUUUCAGACGGCACUGUGAAUAAAGCCGGCUUCGCUGCCAAUUUCUUUAAAGAGGAGGACGAGUGCAUGAAGCCAGAUAAUGGCGGCUGCGAGCAGAGGUGCGUGAACACAUUAGGAAGCUUCAAGUGUGCGUGCGACCCUGGAUACGAGCUGGCCCCGGACAAAAAAAGUUGCGAGGCUGCAUGUGGAGGGCUGCUGUCCAAACUGAACGGCACCAUCACCACCCCGGGCUGGCCCAAAGAGUACCCUCCUAACAAGAACUGUGUCUGGCAAGUGGUGGCUCCCACACAGUACCGCAUAUCUGUGCAGUUUGAGGCCUUUGAACUGGAGGGGAACGAGGUGUGUAAGUAUGACUAUGUGGAGGUGCGGAGCGGUCUCUCGUCCGACUCGAAGCUUCACGGGAAAUACUGCGGCACGGACGUUCCUGAGGUCAUCACGUCUCAGUACAACAACAUGCGCAUCGAGUUCAAGUCGGACAACACCGUCUCCAAGAAAGGCUUCAAAGCACACUUCUUCUCGGAUAAACCUGCCACCUGCAAAGCACGGAUCUUUAUAUUUAAGUCCUGUCAUGACAUAGCUUCACGUCCGUCCGCUCGUAGGGCAGCCGUAGGGCGGGGCAAAGAUAAGGACGAGUGCUCAAAGGAUAAUGGCGGAUGUCAGCACGAGUGCAUCAACAUCAUCGGCAGCUACGUCUGCCAGUGUCGCAACGGCUUUAUACUGCACGAGAACAAGCACGACUGCAAAGAAGCGGAGUGUGAGCACAAGAUCCACAGCCCCACCGGCACCAUAAGCAGCCCCAACUGGCCUGAUAAGUACCCCAGCAGGAAGGAGUGUACCUGGGACAUCACCGCUACGCCGGGCCACCGAGUCAAAAUCUCGUUUAACGAGUUCGAGAUCGAGCAGCACCAGGAGUGUGCCUACGAUCACCUGGAGGCCUUCGACGGUGACUCGGACAAGGCGCCCAUCCUGAGUCGGCUCUGCGGCAGCAAGCUUCCCGAACCCCUCGUCUCCACGGGGAACAGGAUUUACCUCCGCUUCAUCUCCGACGCCUCGGUGCAGCGCAAAGGCUUCCACGCGACACACUCCACAGAGUGUGGAGGCAGGCUGAGGGCCGAGGCGAGGCAGAAGAACCUGUACUCUCAUGCACAAUUCGGAGACAAUAACUACCCGGGUCACACAGACUGCGAGUGGCUGGUCACUGCGGAGGCGGGUUACAGCAUCGAGCUGACCUUCACCACGUUCGAGCUGGAGGAGGAGGCAGAGUGCGGAUACGACUACAUCGAGCUGUACGACGGACACGACACCACCGCACACAAACUGGGGCGCUUCUGUGGAUCAGGGCCUCAUGAGGAACUGUAUUCAGCCAGCGACGCCAUGCUGAUUCGCUUCCACAGCGAUGACACCAUCAGUAAGAAAGGCUUCCACAUCCGCUACACCAGCACCAAGUUCCAGGAGGAGUUACACACGCACAAGUAACACACAAUGCCCACACACAUGCACACACACACACACACACACACACACACAUACAUACACACACACACCUCCAGGACAAACGGUGCCACAGACUGGAAAAGGAGUUGCACACAAGAGUAAAGUUUUCCUGCACUGGAUUCUCCUCCACGUUUCAGCCACAAGGAGCGCGCCGUGCAUCAGACUCCUCCCUAACCUCGAGCAAUCUCCGCCCCUUUUCACCACAGACUUCUGCAACCUCCUGUCUGUUAUCGUACACGCAAAUACUCGAAAUAAUACGAGAAGGAAAAAAAACUGAAAAGCUUUCUCAGCAAGAAGACGCUGCACAAGAAAAGAGACAAUGUCUUCAAAGGUCAUUUUCGAGCCUGUGAAAAUAAAAAUAAACCUGUCGUCGUGUUAUGUGUCAUAAUUUUACAAGAAGUCUGCUUCCGAGCAACUGAGCUGCUGUUGCCACACUGUAACCUGAAACACGUGUGCACUCGUCUGCAUGUUUUCAUCGAGACGCGUGCACACGCCUGUGGAAAAAAAGAGAAAAGAACAACAAGAAGAAAUCACAAAGAAUUCUUUAAUGUUAUGACAUCUGUGGCUGUUUACAUGUUAUGAUAUUUAAUUUAUAUAUGAAUAUAAGGAAGUAUGCAGAGAUCAAGAGCAACCUUAGAAUCCUAAUCUCAUCCUACUUCUACGGAAUUUUUUAUUUUUAGCCGUAACAGGCUUGUAAGAUCUUCCUUGUCAUUUCUAAUCAAAAAGCUCUCAUAUAUAUAUAUAUAUAUAUAUAUA